AACGCAGCGCGUCCUCUGGGUCUCCAGGCGCAGCUAUGGUCACCGGUGGCGGCGUGGCCGCCAAAGAGGCGCUGCGCUACGCCGAAUACCUGCCCCCCUCCACCCAAAGGCCGGAUGCAGACGUCGACCACGACGCGGGAAGAAGGCUGAUAGUGGUAGGACUAGGUGUUGCAGCUGUUGCAUUUGCAGGUCGCUAUACAUUUCAAAUCUGGAAGCCUCUACAACAAGUAAUCACCGAAACAGCACGGAAGAUUUCGUCACCGAGCCUUUCAUCUUACUAUAAAGGAGGAUUUGAGCCGAAAAUGAGUAGGCGAGAAGCUAGUCUUAUUUUAGAUGUAAGUCAAUCUGCUAGCAAGGCCAAGAUUCAAGCAGCAUUCAAUAAAAUGAUGAGGUUGAACCAUCCAGACCGAGGUGGAUCUGGUUACUUAGCAGGAAAAAUAAUUGAAGCAAAGAACUUGCUACUAUCAUUCACCAAACUUAAGUGAUGCUGAAGGACCAUACCCAAGGGAAACAAACUACAAAGCACUAAAGUCCUACAGAAGAACGUGGAACAUUGACCAAAUCUGUCCUUCUGUCAUUUAGUGUGCAGCAAUAAAAAACAUGUGGCCUUGCUCUUCAUUCCCUUCAAAGGGGAGGGAAUUUGUAUGUUCUGAA